AUGGAUCAAAUGGAUAUUGCAAAAAAAGAAAUGAUACAUGAAUGCUUCUCUCAAUAUGAAGAUGAUAUAACAGAACAACCAAAGAUUGGAGAUUUUCAAAAUAACUACAAUGAAACGGAAGCUAUAUGGUGGUAUACACGAGAUUGUUUUCUUUAUCGUUUAUUAAAUAAAGCACUUCGAACAGAAAAUAUAGAUAUAUUUAAGUUUCGAUUUUUUAUUAAAGAACUUUUUCAUCAAUUGAAAGAUGCAUCCGACGUUUAUACAAAAGAGAUAAUCGAAUGUGGCAUUGAAACAUUUUCUCUCUAUCGUGGACAAAGUAUUGCUUUCGACAAAUUGCAAAAACUCAAACAAUGUGUCAAUGGAUUAAUAUCGUUUAAUACAUUUUUAUCAACAACUAUCGAUCGAGAUGUUGCUGUUGUUGAUGCUGGUGAUGGUUCUGGCACACCUGUUAUCGAGUCUGUUUUAUUUGAAAUGAUCGUCAAUAUAAAUGUAAACAGAAAAACACCGUUUGCUAAUAUUAAACAUCUGAGUUAUUUUAAAGAUGAAGAUGAAAUUCUAUUCUUUAUAUGA